AUGACCCAGAUCAGGGCCGAUGCUGCACUUCUUGCAGAGGCAAAUGGCCACCGUGCUCGUGAUCAAGAUGCUUCAGAGUUCCCCGAGGUCUCAUUCAACUCAACACUAACCGACGACCAGGACAUGGACUUGGCCGUGCCAGCGUUCUUGGAAGCAUCCACCUCCGACCUUCUUCCUGUGGAGCUAAGCAAUGGUGACAACAACGCUUCAUCGAAGUACACCACUUCACAAGUAUACGCCGACGCCGAUGGCCCCUCGCAGUCUAUGAAGCCGGCCAGUUCGCACAAGGCCAAGCAGCCCAGCAAUGGUCACCUCAUCGAACAGGAUCACCACAAGUCAGGCAGCCUACUCACCACCAUCGACGAGACUUCCGCAGCUAGCGCUUCCUCCUACGCAUACGUAGACCCCUAUCGCUCCUCAGCAAACGGCUACGUUCAUCACGAUAGCAGCCGACCCUACGGCGGGCAUGUACGAGUCGAUCGGGCAGACAUGGACGAAGCACCGUACUCACCAAGCACCUACCCACCAACGAGCGAAGAAGACUCGGAAGCAAAGCGCGUGCAGCAGAACUUGGAACGCUGGGCAGCUGAAGAGCGACAAAGACGCAAAGCGCAACGCUCAUCCAAGAUCCUGUCCAAUCGCAAUUCGACCAUAUCUAGUGGCCGUGGUCUGACACAACGUCUAUCCAUACUGCGCUCCGCUGGCUUCAACAACACCAAGACCAACAACCUUGGCGCCGGACCUUCCUCCGAGAGACUAGCAGAUGGUCCUGGUGCAGAUCCCAGCAUUCCAUACAACUCCAACAUGGGAGACCAAAGCAGGGAUUCGACUGCUCGACGAGGGUCAUUGACUUCAUCUACGCGUGGCGUCCAAGGCUUGCAACGAUCUCCCAGCUCGUCGUCAUUUGAUAGCUCGCAAUCGCUCGGCUCACUGGUGUCUGACGAUCAUCGUCCAAAUCGAAAACUUCCACCCAUCGGCUCACGCGUGACCUCUGCAAAUCAUGCAAGGGAUGGCAGCGGAGGCAGUUCAAGGUCGUUCAACGGAGCUGGCUCUGCUCGCUUGAAUGGAAGUGCGCGCGAUCCCUUCCGUGAUCCUUCGGACCGAAGCGCUGGUGAGACAUCCCUCGAUCUCUCACGCAAGCGUUCGUCUCUCCGACCCACACCGACUGCUUCGCGGCCGAUCGUGGCCGUCGGGCGCGCCUCCAGCAUUCAGCGGAGAGCACUGGAAUCAAGUUACAAUUCAAAAGGAAAAGGAAAGGGCCAAUCGAUGCCAACCAUUGUCGCGACAGACACUGAGGCUGAUGCGGACGAGUUGACUUCAUGGCGUCCAGAGAACCCUUUUGCCUCUGUUGAAAAUCACCAUCGGGGCAAAGCCGCAAUCUCGACAACGAUACAUCAGGGAGGACUGGAUGAGGAAAUGGCAAUGGAGAUAGCUGGGCGAGGAGCAAGAGGCCUAGAUGAUCAUGGCGACUUGGGCGAGAGCACGCUCGAUUCGGACAAUGUGAUCCGAUCACAGCCAACAAGAACAUCAACAAGCAGCUCAAAGUUCAGAGAGCUCGGCAUCACAGAAGGCGAAGACUGGAUAGAGACAAUGGGCAGAACUAUGGGCAAGACGCAAAGCAGCCGGAAGAUGCGUGUCACAGAACACGCACAGGAACGAGAAGAGGCUCGCAAGCCGUGGUGGACUGAACUUCUAUGUGGAUGCCAACAUGAUUAUGACGAUGACGAACAGGCUGGUCGCACAAAUCCUAUGGAAUAG